UUCUGGGACCGACACAAGGUUCUGCCAAUCCCUGGCCACGUCAGGCGGAUGCACGGAGGGAGCCCCCGCCCCUAAAGCUGGAAAUGGGUGAGUUGCCCUUAGAUAUCAAUAUCCAGGAACCUCGGUGGGACCAAAGCACUUUCCUGGGCAGAGCCCGGCACUUCUUCACUGUGACUGAUCCCCGAAAUCUUCUGCUUUCUGGGGCACAGCUGGAAGCUUCCCGGAACAUCGUGCAGAACUACAGGGCCGGCGUGGUGACGCCAGGGCUCACCGAGGACCAGCUGUGGAGGGCCAAGUAUGUGUACGACUCUGCCUUCCAUCCGGACACAGGGGAGAAGGUGGUCCUGAUUGGCCGCAUGUCAGCCCAGGUGCCCAUGAACAUGACCAUCACUGGCUGCAUGCUCACCUUCUACAGGCAGACCCCAACCGUGGUGUUCUGGCAGUGGGUGAAUCAGUCCUUCAAUGCCAUCGUUAACUACUCCAAUCGCAGUGGUGAUGCUCCCAUCACUGUUGGGCAGCUGGGAACAGCUUAUGUGAGUGCCACCACCGGGGCUGUGGCCACGGCCCUGGGACUCAAAUCCCUCACCAAGCACCUGCCCCCACUGGUUGGCAGAUUUGUACCCUUUGCAGCUGUGGCAGCUGCCAACUGCAUUAACAUCCCCCUGAUGAGGCAGAGGGAGCUGCAGGUGGGCAUCCCGGUGACCAAUGAAGAGGGUCAGAGGCUUGGCCACUCGGUGUCUGCAGCCAAGCAAGGAAUCUUCCAGGUGGUGAUAUCAAGGAUCUGCAUGGCGAUUCCUGCCAUGGCCAUUCCCCCCGUGAUCAUGGACACCCUGGAGAAGAAAGACUUCCUGAAGCGCCGCCCCUGGUUGGGGGCUCCCCUGCAAGUGGGACUGGUGGGCUUCUGCCUGGUAUUUGCCACCCCCCUGUGCUGUGCCCUCUUCCCCCAGAAAAGCUCCAUACGUGUGAGCAGGCUGGAGCCAGAGCUGAGAGCUCAGAUCCGUGAGCAGAACCCCAGCAUCGAAGUGGUUUAUUACAACAAGGGGCUUUGAGGGAGGGCUAGCCCCUGGCCCCCUCCCUAACCUCCUUGGGCUGCUGCUUCAGUGGAGCCUUGCCGUCCCUGCCACUUGCCUAUCUGAGUGAUACUGGGCAGGGGGCUUGGUGGGGGAGUAGCCGUUGAGAUCAGCAACCUGUUAGGCUAGGAGAGGUGACCCCAUAAGCCUUUUCUCUCCUCUGAUUUCAAAGAGCAGGGUCACAUAAUCCACAUAAUCCCUUUUCUCCCACACUAGUGUGUCUAUGGAUGUACAUAUGCAGUAUGAGUGUGUACAUGAUGUCCUGGGAUGUCCUCAUGUCUGGCUUCCCUUCUUGGCCUCUUGCCACCUGCCAGCCAGCUAGGCUACAGGACUUUCUUGCCCAAACAGUUCCACCAGCCAACUCAUUUCUGAUGAGUUCUUGCCCCUUCUGGAUACAGGAGGAGCCUCAGGAUUUCAGGACAGAGACAGGGAUACUAGUAGGCCAAACUGGGCUGAAUCCUUCAGCUGUCUGCUUCCUGGGUUCUGAAGCUGACGCAGGAACUGGGCUGGCAGAGGAGGACACGUCAGGAUAAGGAAGGCAGGGGGCUUAUCUCUUCCUGGAAUAGGCCAUUUCCUCCCCUCUUCUCUACUAGAACAAAGGAGUGUCAGUAUCCUGUACUGCUCUUGACAUCUUCCUGACUCCCCAACACUGCAGUGUGGGCAUCUUUAAGCACAAUCCUGGGAGUUCUUGGUCCACUCUGAUGUCAUAAUCUCAGAUCGAAGCCUACAAUCCCAACCCCCUCCCCCAAUCAAACAGCCAUGAAGGCAGAGUAAGCAUUCCCCUUUAAAAGCCCCACUGCACCCUCUUACAGAGGGACACAGCUGUGGGAAUGGUGCUUAAACUCCACAGGUAUCUGAGUGGGUGUAACUAGGACACCCUCAAGGGCAACUAAGCUCUGAGUGUAGUCUUAAGCAGGGGAUUUUUUUGUUCCAUUGACCUUGUUAGACAUUCAGCAGAAUCCUGACCUUGGCUACUUCUGUUUCUUGAGGCUUGACCCUGUUCCUCCCCCUACCCCCAUCUCCAAGAGGAGGAAGGGCCCAGGCAUCAGCGGCUGGUCCAAAGGGGAGGUGGGCUUGAUGAUGAAUAUGUGCUGGUCAACUUACAGAGUGUGGAGUUGGACCUUGACUCUAACUCCUGUGACUUCUGGCCGAAGUAGUGGGGUGAAGGCCCUAGUGGGAUCCCCUAAGAGCACUUUCUUGCCCCUCAACCAACCGCCACCAGUAAUAAACGCUAUGGUGCCAUUGUUACUCAAUAAAAUAAAAACCUGUCUA